AGGAAAUACGUCAGAUUGUUACGUAAUCAUAAAGCGACAGUUGCUGGUACACACGAGGAUGUUUUAUUCUUUAUUAAAAUAGAGUAUUUUAGUGAUUAUUUUACAAAAUAAACUAAACAGAAGUACUCAUCUAGCCUCGGAGAACGAGAUAAAUCAGAAAUGGCUGACUUUUCGUCGCUGGGUCUCUCAGACUGGCUGGUUAAACAGACCAAACAGCUGGGAAUCAACAAACCCACUCCUGUUCAGGAGCACUGCAUGCCAGCUAUACUACAAGGUCGGGACUGUAUGGGCUGUGCUAAGACAGGAAGUGGGAAGACAGCAGCAUUUGUGCUGCCAGUGCUGCAGAAACUGUCAGAGGACCCAUAUGGCAUCUUCUGCUUGGUGCUCACACCUACCAGGGAGCUCGCCUAUCAGAUUGCAGAGCAGUUUCGAGUCCUGGGGAAGCCUCUUGGUCUGAGAGACUGCAUCAUCGUCGGCGGAAUGGACAUGGUGAGCCAGGCCAUGGAGCUGUCCAACCAACCACACGUGGUUGUCGCGACACCGGGCCGGCUUGCUGAUCACAUCCGCAGCUCCGACACCUUCAGCAUGAGCAAGAUCCAGUUUCUGAUUUUGGACGAGGCGGACCGGCUGUUGGAGCAGGGCUGCACUGACUUCACCAAAGACCUGGAGACGAUCCUGGGGAUUUUACCGGCUAAACGGCAGACGCUACUGUUCAGUGCCACGCUCACUGACACCCUGCAUGAUCUGAAGAAUAUCGCCAUGAACAAACCUUACUUCUGGGAGAGCACAUCAGAAACACGAACAGUGGAGGAGCUGGACCAGAGGUACAUCCUCACUCCAGAGAAGGUGAAGGACGCCUACCUGGUCCACCUGAUCCAGAAGUUUACUGACGAGCAUGACGACUGGUCCAUCAUCAUCUUCACCAACACGUGCAAGAACUGCCAAAUCCUCACCAUGAUGCUGCGGGAGUUUAACUUUCCAACCAUUUCCCUGCACUCCAUGAUGAAACAGAAACAACGAUUUGCAAACCUCGCCAAGUUCAAGGCCAGCGUCUACAAAAUCCUGAUUGCAACAGACGUGGCCGCCAGGGGUUUGGAUAUUCCAACUGUCCAGGUUGUCAUCAACCACAACACCCCCGGCCUUCCCAAGAUCUACAUCCACAGAGUUGGACGAACAGCAAGAGCAGGGAGGAAUGGAGUGUCCAUCACACUGGUGACGCAGUACGACAUCCACCUGGUCCACUCCAUCGAAGAACAGAACAAGACAAAGCUGAAGGAAUACCAUGUGGAGGAGAAAGAAGUCCUGAAGAUCCUGACCCAGGUCAACGUGACCAGACGGGAGUGUGAAAUAAAACUUGAGUCAACAGAUUUUGAUGAGAAAAAGGAGAUCAACAAAAGGAAACAGCUGAUCUUGGAGGGGAAGGAUCCAGACCUGGAGGCCAAGAGGAAGGCCGAACUGGAGAAGAUCAGGAGCCAGAAGAAAAAGUUCCAACAGAAAAUCCAGGAGAGCUUUCAGAAACAGAAACGUGGACAACUGAAAAGGAAACUUAUGAAGAGAAAACAGAUGAAAAAGAAAAAGGUGGCACAGGCAACAGCGUGAAAACUGCUGUGACCCAUGUAUAUACUACAAGUUUAUUACUGUACAAAUCUGUAAUGUUUUCAUGUGAGUAUCUGCAAAUAAAUUUAAAGUUGUGUACAAUUUCAUACCAUAAAAACAGUUGCUCAAGUUGA